AUGUCCUUCGGACAAAAGCCUUCCCAGCUCGAGCCCCGGCGCCUCUCCCACCGCUCACUACUGGCCGCCGCUCACUGCCUUCUCCGCGGCCUUGAGCUGGAGAGGGCGGGGGCCAAGUCCCUCGCCUUCGCUUCGGUCUUCCCGGCACCCGCCCUAAAGCUGGAAUUGGAGGAGAAGCUGUUUGGGCAGCAUCUGGCCACAGAGGUGAUUGUCAAGGCACUGACUGGCUUCAGGAACAACAAAAAUUCCAAGAAACCACUGACUCUUUCCUUACACGGCUGGGCUGGCACGGGCAAGAAUUUUGUGAGCCAAAUCGUGGCUGAAAAUCUUCACUCAAAAGGCCUGAAGAGUAACUUCGUCCACCUGUUUGUAUCGACUCUGCACUUCCCUCACGAGCAGCACGUAAAACUGUACCAGGACCAGUUACGGAGGUGGAUUCGGGGUAACGUGAGUGCCUGUGCGAGUUCCAUGUUCAUAUUUGAUGAGAUGGAUAAAUUGCACCCUGGCGUCAUUGACGCAAUCAAGCCAUUUCUGGACUACUAUGAGCAGAUCGAUGGUGUGUCUUACCGGAAGGCCAUCUUCAUCUUCCUCAGCAACGCCGGUGGGGACCUCAUCACUAAGACGGCCCUGGAGUUUUGGCGGGCGGGAAGAAAGAGGGAAGACAUUCAGCUGAAGGACCUAGAACACAUCCUGUCUGUCGGAGUCUUCAAUAAUAAACACAGUGGCCUGUGGCACAGCGGACUGAUAGACAAAAACCUGAUUGAUUACUUUAUUCCCUUCCUGCCCCUGGAGUACACACACGUGAAGAUGUGUGUGCGGGCAGAGAUGAAGGCCCGCGGUUCUGCCGUAGAUGAAGACAUUGUCACCAGAGUGGCAGAGGAAAUGACGUUUUUCCCCAAAGACGAGAAAAUCUACUCAGACAAGGGCUGCAAGACGGUGCAGUCAAGGCUAGAUUUUCACUGACCUCUCAUCCAGGCAGGGUAAGAAGCAGCCAGGAGCUCAGCGAGCCAGCGCCUUGCCUUCCGGAAGCACUCCGAAGACCUCAUCGAGGUUUGCACAUUUGCACCUAUGGACUUUUGGGAUCUGGAAGUUUCUAAGAGUUGAUAUUUUAAAAAGCCACUAACCUGUCAAGUACACUUAUCAUUUUGCAACAUAACGUUAAAUCCAGUCGUUAAUUGCAGUUGAAGAGGAACUUUGAAAAUCCGUGCCCACCCUCACUGACCUUGACGGAAGUGCCUUGAAAACAGUUGUGUGAGGCCAGGACUGUUUCCGAACCCACGGCACCCGCCCCACAAGCUGCCGUCGUCACCGUCACCGAAGUUCCGGAGCUGGCUGCGGUCUGGGAGCUUUGGCGCCAACUGCCGACGACACCCUUCUCCGGUUCUUUGUCUUUACACAGAGACCGUUCCCCGACUUGAAGAGUCUUCAGUUAAAAUCGGCAGCACCCUCAGGCGCGGUGUCCUGUGGGAGGACGUGGGCCUGCACGCUGAGCAGGGGCUACGUGUGGGGUGGGGGCGCCAUCCUCGGCCUCCGCACUGACCAAGACAGACAGGGCCUCCUGGUGUGGCCACUGCCCUGGCUGCUCGCGGGGUCCCUUCACUGUGCUCUCGCCCGUAGAACAUGUUCACCUCCGCGGACGACACGUGCCCAGACUGGGCGGUCAGUGCGCAGGUUCUGCAUUGCCAGAGUGACAGUAUCCUAUACGGGGAAUGCUAGGAGUUUUGAGAACAUGUAUAUUUUUUAUAAUGUUUUUACUUCUGAAUCUUAGGGAAACAUAGGCCGUUGCUUGUGUUAAAACAUGGGAAGGACAUAAAAUAGAAUAAUUUAAUUGCCUAUUUUAUCAGAUACUCUUAAAAUAAAUGGUAUAAAUUUUUAUUCUUAAAUACAUGGUAAUAUAUGGUCAGACAGGGUCAGUCUAAAGUUGUGGCUGGUCCUAGGUGUCAUCUGAUAAUGACACCUUCUAUGGCAGCCAGGCUGGACUGCCCUGGUCACUGCGACUCUACGGCAGUGUGACUCGUCUGUCCCGUAGUUGCGGUGCAUCUGUGGACACAAUGAGAGCAACACGCAAUCUUUUUAUAUAGAUGGGGCUGAGUAUUUUUAUGACACGGGGAGGCCUUCCAGAGGAUCACACUUAGUCUUUUAAAAAUGCCACGCUGAGACUUAAAAUUUUUAGUACAAAUCCUCAAAUUGGAGCUAAGUUCAUUUCUUUUAUAACCUUUCGGGUGUUUGGUCAGGAGGAGACAAAAUUUUGUCUGUUUACAGUAAUGCAACGUACUCAACUCGUGUCGGCCACCUUUGGACUGCUGCUACUGAUUUGUAACUUGCGAAACCAUGGCCGACCAGAGCCCGGCCUCCCCCACCGCACAUAAGACGUAAACAGAAGCUUGAAUUGACCUGGUGAAUAUAAAAUAAUAAAGCCUAAAUGUUAUCAUGUGA